UCGUCCUCAUCCGCCCCAUCCUCCUCCUCCUCAUCCUCGUCCUUCUCCUCCCUUGCUUCCUCCUCCUCCUCCUCCUUGUCCUCCUCCUGGCCCUCCUUGUCCUCCUCCUCAUCCUCAGCAUCUUCCUCCACCCCCUCCUCGUCCUCCUUCCACCUCAUUCUUCUCCUCGUCAUCGUCCUCCUUCUCCACUUCCUCCUCCUCCGCCUCUCCUCGUCCUCCUCGUCCUCCUCCUCCCCCUCCUCCUCCUCUUUGUCAUCGUCUUCGUUCUCCUCUUCCACCUCAUCUUCCUCUGUGGCCCUGCACGAGAUCAUGUGGCUGAGACCAGAGGCGGCCUUGUAG